ACAAAUGCAUCACCAGCGAGCUGCUGAAGGACAUCCCCCUGCCAGGGGUGCUGGGGGGCAGCCUGAGCGCUGAGGCUGAGCUGCUGAAGGGGGGGCCGCUCCCUUCCCCUAAGGAACUCAUCAAUGGCAACAUCAAAACUGUCACGGAGUAUCGCGAGGAGGAGGAUGGGAGCAAGGUGAAGAUCAUCCGCACCUUCCGCAUCGAGACCAGGAAGGCCUCCAAGGCGGUGGCCCGGAGGAAGAACUGGAAAAAGUUUGGCAACUCAGAGUUUGAUGCUCCCGGCCCCAACGUGGCCACCACCACCGUGAGCGAUGAUGUCUUCAUGACCUUCAUCACCAGCAAGGAGGACCUCAACUGCCAGGAGGAGGAGGAUCCCAUGAACAAGCUGAAGGGGCAGAAGAUCGUCUCGUGCCGUAUCUGCAAAGGCGACCACUGGACCACCCGUUGUCCCUACAAGGACACGCUGGGGCCGAUGCAGAAGGAGUUGGCUGAGCAGUUGGGCUUGUCCACGGGUGAGAAGGAGAAGCUGCCUGGAGGUAGGACACGGCCUGGGGUGGAGCUGGGGGGUUCCUGGGCCUGCUCCAGCCUCACGUCCCGCCGGAUGCUGCCCAGCCGCACAGCCGAUGACAACGCCACCAUCCGAGUCACCAACCUGUCGGAGGACACGCGUGAGACUGACCUCCAGGAGCUCUUCCGCCCUUUCGGCUCCAUCUCCCGCAUCUACUUGGCCAAGGACAAGACUACAGGGCAGUCCAAGGUGGGUGCUUCCCCUUUCUCCCCCCGCCGCGAGGACGCCGCGAGGGCCAUUGCUGGUGUGUCUGGCUUUGGCUACGACCACCUCAUCCUCAACGUGGAAUGGGCUAA